AUGAAGGCGGUGACGCUGCUCUUAACGAGCCCCGUCUCCUCGGUACCAUCGAGAACAAACUCGGGAUCAAGGAGUGGCUCGAAGCUCAGGGCCACGAAUUCAUCGGUGUCCAGCAGCAAAGAAGGCCCAGACAGCGACUUCCAGAAACACAUCGUUGAUGCUGAAGUCCUCAUCACAACCCCUUUCCAUCCUGGGUACCUGACUCGAGACCUCGUCGAGAAGGCCAAAAACCUCAAGCUUUGCAUCACUGCUGGUGUCGGCUCUGACCACAUCGAUCUCAACGCCGCUGUCGACCACAGGAUUCAAGUUCUCGAGGUCUCUGGAUCUAAUGUCGUCUCUGUCGCUGAGCAUGUUGUGAUGAGCAUCCUUCUACUCGUCCGGAACUUCGUUCCAGCACAUGAAAUGAUCGAGCGUGGUGAUUGGAUGGUCUCUGACAUUGCCAGGAACGCCUUCGAUUUGGAAGGCAAGGUCGUUGGCACUAUUGGUGCUGGCCGCAUUGGUUACCGUGUCCUUCAACGUUUGGUGCCCUUCGACUGCAAGGAGCUUCUCUACUACGACUACGCGCCUCUGCCCGCUGCUGCCGCCGAGGCUGUCAAGGCUCGCCGCGUCGAGGACCUCAAGGAAUUUGUUUCCCAGUGUGACGUCGUCACUGUCAACUGCCCUCUGCAUGAAGGCACUCGUGGCCUCGUCAACGCCGAGCUGCUGAAGCACUUCAAGAAAGGUGCUUGGCUCGUCAAUACCGCCCGUGGUGCCAUCUGCGACAGGGACGCUGUCGCUGCUGCCCUCGCCAGCGGCCAGAUUGCUGGCUACUCCGGUGACGUCUGGAAUGUGCAGCCCGCGCCGAAGGACCACAUCUGGCGCACGAUGAAGAAUCCCCUCGGUGGUGGAAAUGGCAUGGUGCCUCACUACUCCGGCACCACCCUCGACGCCCAAGCUCGCUACGCCAAAGGCACAAAGAGCAUCCUCCAAAACUACCUUGAAAACAAGCCCCAGGAGGCACAGAACAUCAUCGUUGGUCUCGGCAAAUAUGAGAGCAAGGCUUAUGGUCAGCGUUGA